UCUGUAAUGCGUUUCGAUGACAGUAUGGCGGUUCAGUUGAGGUGCUCUGCUUCCAUACUCAACUGAGAAAAAACAUCAAAAUACUGGAUUUCCACUAUUUCAAUUAGUCUUUGGAAUUGCACCAGGAUGAUGGUAUAACAAGAGCUUGUUGAUCACUUUUGAAUAGGCUCUCACGAGUCGUCUAAAGUCGAAGACUUGGCAGCUAGAGAACUUGAUGUUUUUUGGGUUCCGGUUGCGAAUGUUGUUGUUACUGAAUGGCCGCCAGUAACUUGGGAAUGAAAGCCGAUCCGGAGAAGCUGUUCUCGAAGCUAGAGCGCAUCGGAAAAGGAUCUUUCGGCGAAGUCUUCAAAGGGAUCGAUAACCGUACAAAUGAAGUCGUCGCUAUCAAAAUUAUUGAUUUGGAGGAAGCUGAAGACGAAAUAGAAGACAUCCAACAAGAAAUCACCGUUCUUUCCCAGUGCGAUAGCCUCUAUGUAACGAAAUACCACGGAUCUUACCUAAAAGGAACUAAGCUAUGGAUUAUUAUGGAGUAUCUGGGUGGUGGAUCCGCCCUGGACUUGAUGAAAGCUGGGAACAUAGAGGAAUUUUACAUAGCUACUAUUCUAAGAGAGGUCUUGAAAGGCCUUGAUUAUUUACAUACAGAGAAGAAACUACACAGAGACAUUAAAGCUGCUAAUGUGCUGAUGUCAGAGACUGGUGAUGUCAAGUUGGCAGACUUUGGUGUGGCCGGCCAGCUAACAGACACCUUAAACAAGAGGAACACAUUUGUUGGAACACCCUUCUGGAUGGCCCCUGAAGUUAUCAAACAGUCUGCAUAUGAUUCCAAGGCUGAUAUUUGGUCUUUAGGAAUCACAGCAAUAGAGUUAGCCAAGGGGGAGCCCCCCAACUCUGACCUGCACCCCAUGCGUGUCCUCUUCCUGAUCCCUAAGAACAACCCCCCUGAGCUGACAGGCAACUUUAGCAAGGCUUUCAAGGAAUUUGUCUCACUCUGCUUGAACAAGGAUCCAAAUGAUAGACCUACUGCAAAAGAGUUGCUCAAGCAUCGUUUUAUCAAGACAGCCAAGAAAAAUGCUUACUUAGUUGAAUUAAUAGAGAGACAUAAGAAGUGGAAGCAGAAUAACCACGAUGAUGAUGAUAGCAGUUCAGGGGAUGAUAGCGAUGGUGAUAAUGAUGAUAACAGCAUGGAUUGGGACUUCAACACAUUUAAGGGGCCUAAAAAUAUGCCUAACUUCAAGGACUCUGCAAAGAAUGGAGAAGUGUCAUCUUCAGACAGAACUAUGCAGUCUGAGCAGACAUCCAAGCCUAAGCGCCCUGUCUCUCGGUGUUUAAAUAAUGUUCUAGUACCGGUCCUAACAGAGCUUGCCACUAAAUAUGGUUCGCAAGGCAAGGUUGUUCAGGAGCUUCAAGAAAUUUUCCUCUCGGCAGAAAAUGACAUGCCUGGAUUUUGUGACACUGUGGUAGAAAGAAUAGUAAAACGCAUCAAAAGCCCAACAUAGCGAACUUACUCUUCAAGUUGUCUGUUGAACUACGGGUUGCUUCGGGUGAUUGGCCAAGCCCAGGAAGUUUGGUGCUAUUUACUUGCUGGAAAAGCAGACGGGAAAAGUGCAACUCUGAGAUGAAUUCCCAGAACUUACACAUCUCCAAAAUAGCUCAGUCUCAACUUAAGUCCCCUUAAAUUGACCUUUAGGCCCUUAUUUUAGCCCUUACUAAAACAGAAGUUGUGCUAGAUUUAGUGAGACUUUGAGAAUGAUUUGAGGUAUCUAGAACUGGGUCAAAAGGUACCGGUUAAUAGGUGUUCUAUGUCUGCAGUCGUUUUGACAGAUAAUUUCUCUCAGGAGCUUGUGUCUUAUCGCCAUAGUUUGCAAAGAAUUCAUGUAAUAUACAGAUGAUUUGGAAAUGUGAACUCAGACGAUUGUUUUGUAUAAGAAAGACUACCUAUUUCAUAUGUUUUACAAAGGCUUUUGUAUAUAAUAUAACACUUAACAAAUAACAACAUGACAUUUAUUCUAGCAACAUGCACAAAAAGUAAUUUAACCUUUUCUUUUGCAAUAAUUAACUACGCCUAGUACAACUUUCUUGUAAAUGAUUGCAGUUCAGUAAAAUAUGCAGUGGUACUGCAUAAGUCUCUGAAUCAUUUGGAAAAUACUCCAACCCCAAAAAACCUGUCUUGGCCGCCAGGGGGCGCUUAAUAUGUGCCACUGUAGUCUUUGAUGUUACAUUUUUAAAAUGGCAUUUUAUACCAGUGUGAUUAAGCAGAUUAAUCCCUGAUCUCCGUGUGGGGAUGCAAAAGUAUCCUGUAGAGGAGGCGCUUAAUUAUUGCUACUCCAUUAUGGCUGCCUAACCUUGCCAUAUUGUAAAUAAUAUGUCUGUAAUUUAACGUAGUGCACUUUUUAUCUAUAGCUCAAAUUAUGUCCGAAAUUAGAGCCGUUUAACUUUAUCAGUGAAACGCAAACUAACAUUUUAGCUCCAUAUUGAGGACCUCUAUUCAGCGGACAUCAUUUUUAUAGUAGACACUUCAGGUCGUGAUGUCCGAUAAAUGGGGGUCCCCCUGUAAUAAGAAUGUGCUGAGGGGAAAGAUGAAAGACGGGCAAAAUAGACAAUUGUGGAGACCUGUGUCAGUAUCUUUGCUACUUAGCCGCCACUGGUCACGUUGAAAUACUUUAAGUUAGCUACAGUGAAGUGCAAAAUGUUGCCACUAGGAUUGCUGUUUGGCUCAUUUUGGAUUUUAUUGUGCAUGCUGUUGACCCUAUCAGUAAAAACAUUUUUGGGGGAGCUUGAAAACCAGUGUUUCUAGAAAAGCCUCAACCUCACGCUCUUGAUAUGUAUUCUACUGUAUGUUCAUAAAUCAGUUUACCACUCAUAAUAAAAUACGUCACUUUGGA